GUGGUUAUGUCCUCUUAUUAUUAUAGUGAUUUCGUUUUUUGGGUGUAAAAUUAUUAUUAGGAUACAUAAAAUCAAAUGGAAGUAAAACAAGAAAUUAGCGAGGAAACAUGUAAAAUAGAAAUAGAGUAUAAAGAAUUGGAUGAUGGUCUUUUGGAUGGCUUUAAAUUUGAAAUUCAUGAGGAAUAUAAUAGGCAAAGUACACAUGACACCUAUGAUUGUUUAGACUUAAAUAAAUGUCCCAUAAAUACUGAAAGAGAACAUCAUGGAAAUAAAGUUAAUUCAUUUGAUGAAAACCAAAAAGGUUAUUUCCAAGAUGAGCACAAAAUUAAAAUUAUGGAGACACUACUUGAAGAUUCAUCUUACAAAGGAAAUUAUAUGAGUCAACAUUCUGAAAGAAAAACAUUAAAUAAAAAUAUUAAAGUUGCGACUGGACAAAGACCUUACAAGUGUGAAAUUUGUUUUAAACACUUAAGUGGAGCAAGUAAUUUGAAAAAACAUUUGAGAAGACAUACUGGAGAAAAACCUAACAAGUGUGAAAUUUGUUUAAAAAAAUUUAUUAAUACAAGUGAUUUGAAAAUUCAUUUGAGAAGACAUACUGGAGAAAAACCUUACAAGUGUGAAGUUUGUUUAAAACACUUUGUUACUAAAGGUGGUUUGAAAAAACAUUUAGCAACACACACUGGAGAAAAACCUUAUGCAUGUGAAAUUUGUUUUAAGCAAUUUAAUGAAGCAGGUAAUUUGAAAAAUCAUUUGAGAAGACAUACUGGAGAAAAACCUUACCAGUGUGAAGUUUGUUUAAAACAGUUUGUUACUAUAGGUUGUUUGAAAAGACAUUUGAUGAUACACACUGGGGAAAAACCUUACAAGUGUGAAGUUUGUUUAAAAAAAUUUAUUAGUACAAGUGAUUUGAAAAUUCAUAUGAGAACACAUACUGGAGAAAAACCUUAUAAGUGUAAAAUUUGUUUAAAACAGUUUACUAAAACAUGUAAUUUGAAUAGACAUUUAACAACACACACUGGAGAAAAACCUUAUGCGUGUGAAAUUUGUUUAAAACAGUUUACUUGUGCAGUUAAUUUGAAACAACAUUUGAGAGUGCACACUGGAGAAAAACCUUACAAGUGUGAAAUUUGUUUAAAACAGUUUACUUAUGCAGUUACUUUGAAACAACAUUUGAGAGUGCACACUGGAGAAAAACCUUACAAGUGUGAAAUUUGUUUAAAACAGUUUGCUUAUGCAAUAAUAUUGAAACAACAUUUGGGAGUGCACACUGGAGAAAAACCUUACAAGUGUGAAAUUUGUUUAAAAAAAUUUAUUAGUACAAGUGAUUUGAAAAUUCAUUUGAGAAGACAUACUGGAGAAAAACCUUACAAGUGUGAAAUUUGUUUAAAAAAAUUUAUUAGUACAAGUCAUUUGAAAAUGCAUUUAAAAAGACAUACUGGAGAAAAACCUUACAAGUGUGAAGUUUGCUUAAAAAAGUUUGUUACUACAGGUGGUUUGAAAAAACAUUUAACAACACACACUGGAGAAAAACCUUAUGCAUGUGAAAUUUGUUUUAAGCAAUUUAAUGAAGCAGGUAAUUUGAAAAAACAUUUGAGAGUGCACACUGGAGAAAAACCUUAAGGCGGCGCCAGAUAUGCAGUAUUUGGCAAAUACUGAACAAGUGCUUGCUAUUUGCCUAUUAGUGUGGACGGGUUGCUUGUAGUGAAGUAACAAAUGUUAAUUCUAUAAGUGAAAUAAUUGCGUUGAAGGACUUGUCAUUUAGUUUCGUGGAAAGUGUUGGAUUCACAAGUCUGUGUCCGCCUUAUAAUUUAAAGUCGCGUCAGCAUUUCACUCCAUUUAUAUGCGAUAAAUUAUUUGGCAAAGUAAGUCAGAAAAUUCUUGAAUUACUAAAAUCCUUCGAAAAAUUUCAUUUACUACCGACAUUUGGUCUGAUAAUUAUUGUUCUGGAGUUUCAUUGCUGUUUAACUUUUCAUGGGAUAACAAAAGAAUUUGAAAGGAAAAUGAUAGUGUUAAAAGCAGAAGUGUUUAAUGAAGACCGCCACACCGGAGAAAAUAUUGCUCAUAAACUUAAAGAUAGAUAUCUUGUCGUUUUGGGAAAUACCCAAAGAAAAAGUGAAAUGUGUAGUUCAUGAUGCAGGUGCUAAUAUCAAAGAAGGUGUUAACUUAAUAAAUGGUAAACAUAUUGACUGUACUUCUUACAAGAUUCAAAAUGUGUUAAAAGUAGGGAUGAAGGCUCAAGAAUCUGUCGUGGCUGCCAUAACAAAAUGCAAAAAGAUGGCAACUCAUUUUCAUCAUUCGACUGCUGCCCAAGAUGAGCUGACCAAUAUACAAAAAAGACUUAAAACCCUCUUAAGAUUAUUCAAGAAUAUGCUACUAGGUGGAACAGCACUUUUUAUAUGUUCGAGCGUAUUUUUCAAGUCAAAGAGUCAUUAUGUCUGUACGCUUCGGCAAAUAAUAAAGUUCCUCAGCUGGCUUCUGAAGAGUGGAUGAUUGUUGAAAAACUUAUCGGUUUACUAAGACCAUUUGAAGAAGUGACCAGAGAGUUAAGAAGCUGUCGAUGUUUCUAUUUCUUCUGUAAUUCCCUUAAUUGCUACUCUAGAAAAAGUUGUUCAUGAUCUUGAGUCAUCCGAUGAACACAUUGGUGAUACGAUUAUCGUCAUAAAAGAUGAGCUUAUUCACAAGUGUUCGGGUUUAGAGAAUGAAAUAUUGUUUGCCACGGCGACCUUUAUUGACCCAAGAUACAAAGCAAAAUUUUUUAAAAAUAUGUCAACUAAAGAGCUUGUUAGUUUGGAUUUGCUCAGAGACAAUGAAACCGACAUAUCUUCCAAUUCACUUUACCCGAAUGCAAAGCGUGUUAGAUUAAAUAAUGAAUGCGAAGAUUGCGAAACACACAACAGUCUGUCCUUAAAAGAAACGAUGAGUUUACUGGUGAAUACGAGUGAUAGUGAAGCAGAUGACAUGGCUCUUCCUGGUUUGCAAAACUCUGUCCAUCUUUUAAUCCUUAAAAUCCCUAAAGAGUUUAAUAUUCCUCUUUUAAAUUUUAAUUAAUAAAAAAUAACAGUUCUCCGUUUUUGUUAUUGUUAAAAACAAACUUGAAAAAUAAGUAAAAACAGACAACUGUUGUUUUUUAAUGAGAGAGGGCAGUAUUUUUGUUUAAUACAAAAACAAAAUUAAUAUAGCUUGUAAAAUAAAGUGAGUUUUCUUAAUGAAAAAACUGAGAAG